UAAGUAGAGAGAAGUUUCGAUUCUAUGCUAUAAAUAGGGAGCUCAGCUUCUCUCAUUUCUCCAUCUCACUAAGCCACAUUUACAAACCAUUACACUAAUCUUCCUUCUCACUCCUUCAAUUCCCUCAUUUUACUUCAACUAAUCAAUCAUGGUUGCUAUCACCUAUGAUAUGGAGAUCCCUUCCUCCAUCCCAGCUGCAAGGAUGUUCAAGGCCAUGGUGCUCGACGCCGACACCCUCAUCCCCAACAUCCUGCCUCAGGCCAUCAAGAACGUCGAGAUCUUGGAAGGAGAUGGCGGCGUUGGCACCGUCAAGAUCAUUCAUUUUGGCGAAGGGAGUCAGUACAAGAGCGUCAAGCACCGUGUCGAGGCCAUCGACAAGGAGAACUUAACACACACCUACAGCAUCAUCGAAGGUGAUGCUCUCUCAGAUGUAAUCGAAUCAAUCACUUAUCAUAUCAAGAUCGUUCCAACUGAAGAUGGAGGAAGCAUCUGCAAGAACAGAAGCAUUUACAACACCAAGGGCGAUGUUGAGAUUAGUGAGGAGAAGAUCAAGGAAGGAAAAGAGAAGGCCAUGGCCAUGUUCAAGGCUAUUGAGGCUUACCUCCACGCAAAUUCUGAUGCUUGAAAGAUCCAUACGUAAAGCUAUAUAUGUUGUUGUAUUUUGGUUUUUUCUUCAUUUUAUGUUUGGGAUUUGCUCUUUUGGGGUGUGAGUGAGUUGUAAUAAGUUGUGAUUUUCUCUUAUGAAGUGUGUUUCUUUGUAUCUUUCUGGUCUUGUACAAGUAUAAACUUGUUGGAUUUGUUUCAAAA